AUGAGCAUUCUAUCGACCGUUAAAAGCUACUACUCCAGUUAUGUUAUUAACCGUCUCAUGUUCAAGUUCAAACCCCAAAGCUUUCUUGGCUCUACCCAUGAAAUCCAUGGUUUCUUCUCAGCUUCUCUUGCUACAUCCAUGGUGGAUUCCAUAACUCAACCUCUAAGCCCUCAUCAGUCUUUCUCAACUCCCACCACCCAUGUACCAGAAACAUCAUCAAUUUCUCAAUUUUCACACUCUUUAGACCCAAAACACUACAUUUCUCAACUACUCAGCUGCAAAAAUCCUACCCAUAUCAGACAAGUUCAUGCCCAAGUUGCUGUCAAUGGGAUGCUACUCCAUAACCUUGCUGUGACAAACAAGCUUCUUUACAUUUAUGCUUAUCAUAAAGCUUUGGCUGAUGCUUAUGCGUUGUUUGGUGUGAUGAGAGAUAGAGACGCAGUUUCUUGGAGUGUAAUGGUUGGUGGGUUUGCCAAGAUUGGUGAUUAUAUGAAUUGUUUUGGGACAUUUAGAGAGUAUAUUCGAUCUGGGGAGAGACCCGAUAACUAUACUUUGCCAUUUGUGAUAAGGGCUUGUAGGGAUACAAUGGAUCUACAGAUGGGUAGAUUGAUCCAUCACACUGUUUACAAAUUUGCUUUGCAUACAGACAUUUUUGUGGUGGCUGCACUUGUGGAUAUGUAUGCGAAAUGUCAGGUUAUUGAAGAUGCAAAGCAGUUGUUUGAUAGAAUGCUUGAAAGAGACCCUGUGACUUGGACUGUCAUGAUUGGUGCAUAUGCCGAGUGCGGGAAUGCUAAUGAGUCUUUGGUGCUGUUUGAUAGGAUGAGAGAGGAAGAUGUUGUACCCGAUAAGGUCACUAUGGUGACUGUUGUGAAUGCUUGUGCCAAAACGGGGGCUUUGCAUAAGGCUAGACUUGUUAAUGAGUACAUAUGGAGUAGGAAUUUUUCAUUGGAUGUAGUUUUGGGAACAGCGAUGAUAGACAUGUAUGCUAAGUGUGGGAGCCUUGAUUUUGCUAGGGAGAUUUUUGACAGGAUGAGAGAAAAGAAUGUUAUAACAUGGAGUGCAAUGAUUGCAGCUUAUGGAUAUCAUGGGAAAGGCCGUGAUGCUCUUGAUUUGUUCCCUUUGAUGUUAAGAAGUGGGAUAUUACCAAAUAGGAUCACUUUUGUUUCUUUGUUAUAUGCUUGUAGUCAUGCAGGUUUGGUUGAAGAGGGUCUUCGAAUUUUCAACUCGAUGUGGGAAGAUUACUCUGUGAUGCGGGAUGUGAAACACUAUACGUGUAUGGUUGAUCUCUUGGGCCGUGCUGGGAGACUUGAAGAGGCCUUGAAUUUGAUUGAGGAUACGAGUGUCGAUAGAAAUGAGGGGAUGUGGGGUGCAUUGCUUGGGGCAUGUAGGAUUCAUAAUCGUGUAGAGUUGGCGGAAAAGGCAGCAAAAUCUAUGCUUGAACUACAACCCCAAAACGCAGGGCACUAUGUAUUGCUUUCAAAUAUUUAUGCUAAAGCAGGUAAGUGGGAAGAUGUGGCCAAGAUUAGGGAACUAAUGAAUCAUAGGAGAUUGAAAAAGAUUCCGGGUUGGACUUGGAUUGAGGUGGAUGACAAGAUCCAUCAAUUUAGCGUUGGAGACCAUACUCAUACCCGGUCAAAAGAGAUAUAUAAGAUGCUGAAAAUAUUGAGUAAAAAAUUGAAGUUGGCUGGUUAUGUCCCUGAUACAAAUUUUGUGUUGCAUGAUGUGGAUGAGGAGCUCAAGCUAGGUGUCUUGUACACUCAUAGCGAGAAGUUGGCAAUCGCAUUUGGCCUUGUCAGCACCCCUGAGGGAACCCCUAUUCGGAUUACAAAGAAUCUUAGAGUUUGUGGUGAUUGUCAUACAUUUAGUAAAUUUGUGUCUGCAAUUAUGCAGAGGAUGAUUAUUGUUCGUGAUGCAAAUCGGUUUCACCACUUUAAGGAAGGUGCUUGCUCUUGUGGUGACUACUGGUGAUUGGCCUUUCCUUCCCAGGUGAGGUGGGGUCUCUUCUCAUAAUUUGUUUACUGGAUCUUUCAUUCUUCGAUGACAACACCUGUACAAUUUUGUAUGACAAAUCAUAAUAUAUAGAUUAAGAUUGUCAUGAUCAUUUUGGAUGACGAAUAUCUUUCUUUGAGCUACAAAACUACCCAAAGGAUUUCAUUUUUUUCAUAAAAAGUAAAAUUCAACAGACCUGUUGAGAUUAAUUCUGCUCUUCAUUUUACUUGAAGGAAUUGAACUACUUGAAUCAACUAUUCUUUGAUGAAGAAGAUGGUAGCAUGACAAUUGUAUUCAUUUUUGCUUAAAUAAGGAUAUGU